AUGUCAGUAAUGACCUCGAGUCCGCCAGCGCCGCCGACACGAACCUCCAGCGGGUUUAGUCUCCUGUCCAAGAUCAAGUCGCAUAAAGAGAACAAUAAGUAUCUCUCGCCUUCAAGUCCUCGACCUUCGGCGGGGGUCCAUCGCACAGGAAGUUAUGGCAGCAUCUACAACCAACCUGCUCGGUCUUCGCUUUUCUCGGUGCCGGCGCAGGAAGGAUCAGGACUGAAGUCUCGGCGCUUGAGUGCGAGCCCGCUCGAUGACUUUGUGGUGGACGAUGUGUGUGCGCUGGAAGAUGAAUUCGUGUCGGCAUCCAAGUUUGGCCGUCGAAAAGAGAUAGGCAAGGGUGCCAGUUCGACGGUCAGGAUAAUGGUGCGGAGAGCGGACAAGAAGGCCGAGUACCCUCGGCAAUAUGCGGUCAAAGAAUUUCGCAAAAGGUCGGCGCGUGAGACGGAAGAAGAGUACGUCCGCAAAGUCAAGUCGGAAUACACCAUCGCUCGAUCGCUGCAUCACCCCAAUAUUGUGGAGACGGUUCGACUGUGCACGAGCAACGGCCGCUGGAACCAUGUCAUGGAAUACUGCCAGCAGGGCGAACUGUUUGCUCUUUUGGAGCGGAAAUACUUCAAGGCGGAGGACCGCAACUGCAUUUUCAAACAGGUUCUUCGAGGGGUGCAUUACUUGCAUGAACAUGGCAUUGCCCAUCGAGACAUCAAGCCGGAAAACCUGCUCAUGACCGACGAGGGGCAUAUUAAGAUCACCGACUUUGGCGUCUCAGAAGUCUUUUGUGGCGACCACCCGGGCAUACCGUCAUCACGAGGCCUUUGUGGCCAGGGGAUGAGGGAGCCUCGCAAAUCGGCGCCGGGAAUCUGUGGAUCCAAACCAUACAUUUCGCCCGAAGUGCUGGCGCAAGAUUCCGAAUAUGAUCCGACCAAGCUGGAUGUUUGGAGUUGUGGAAUUUUGUUCAUGACAAUGUUCCAUGUGGGCAACCCGUGGCAAAGCGCGAGCAAAAAGGAGCUGAAUUACUCGCUGUUCAUGGAAGGUUGGGAAGCUUUUCUGGACAGGGCCGACGACCUGCCCAUCGACGAGGCGACGUAUCCUCAGUGUGGCCCUAUUUUCAAUGCUCUGCCGUCUCACGCUCAUCGAAGAUGUAUUCUUAAAAUGCUGCAUCCGGACCCAACCAAGCGGUGCACCAUUGCCGAUGCGCUUCAGGAUCGUUGGGUCAAGAGCAUUGAUUGCUGCUCGCCUGAAGUUAUUGGGACGACACUGUCCAAUGGCAUCGAUGUCACCAAGAAUGACUGCGACCGCGUGGCGGCGAAAAUGAGGGUCCAAGCAAAACAUGAUCAUCUUCCGCCGCCGGUUAAACGAUUGCCUCAGCAUCGCUUUGACAUGGGUGAUGGCACGUCUCGAUAUGAUAGAUGA